CCGCCGCACCAUGGCCGCUUCCCGCCGCCCCGCGCCCGUCACCCACCUGCUCUUUGACAUGGACGGGCUCCUGCUGGGGACAGGAUAACCACUGUUCUGGCAUGGGUUAGUACUCAGGCAGAGAAAGCUGGUGUGGGGUCCUGUAUUCUUCACUGGUCAGCAAUUUCCAAAAGAAGGAACCAUAGGAAUCUGUAUCGUUGGACUUGCUAAAAUGGAGUUGGUGAAAAGCAUUCCUAGCCACAGCUACCACCCAAAGAUCCAAGUACUGCAGAGGAUCCAGGAGUACCCAAAGGAGCUUCCCAGGCUGCUGCUUAGCAGGAGCUGAACAAACAUGCUGAAGAAACAGUGGCAGACCUUGGUUCUGCUCGCAGACACUGAACGUCUCUAUACUGUCGUAUUCCAAGAAAUCUGUGAGCGUUUUGGAAAAGCCUACACGUGGGAGGUGAAAUCCUUAGUCAUGGGUAAAAAAGCAUUGGAGGGAGCACAGAUUAUUCGAGAUACUCUAGAGCUUCCGAUGACCAAAGAAGAACUGCUGCAUGAGAGUAAAAUGAAGCAGGAAAAAAUAUUUCCUAGUGCUGCAUUGAUGCCAGGUGUUGAAAAAUUGAUCUGCCAUCUACACCAGCACAACAUCCCCAUUGCUGUUGCUACAAGCUCAGCUGGAGAGACAUUUGAGAUGAAAACAAUCAAACACAAAGGUUUCUUUAGUUUCUUUAAUCAUAUUGUAUUGGGAGAUGACCCAGAAGUGAAGAAUGGCAAGCCACAGCCUGAUGUGUUUUUAGUAUGUGCAAAGAGAUUUCACCCAGCACCUCCUCCAGAAAAGUGUCUUGUGUUUGAAGAUUCUCCUCUCGGAGUCAAAGCAGCAUUGACAGCUGGGAUGCAAGUAGUUAUGAUCCCAGAUGAAAAUUUGAAGCAAGACCUUACAAAAGAAGCAACUCUGGUUCUGAAAUCUAUGGAGGACUUUAAACCAGAAUUGUUUGGUUUACCACCAUAUGACUAAUCACUAGUAUAUCUCAACGUGUUCUUGGUUUGAGGGAACAUUGGAGGUGGGGUGAAAACUCAAAGUACAAUUUAUCAUUAUUUUGAUCACUUUUUCCCAAAAAACAAAA